CGGAAGAAUCAGUUUCAUAUCAUCUGCAGCUUGCAACAAUGUCACGACCAAUAUCCCUUGAUGAAAUUAUGGCAGCGCUAAAAGAAAAAUACAAAACGUCUCACUUCUUGAAGAUAGACACUUUCUCUUUAGUCAAAAAACACAUCUUCAGGGUCGAGUCCUCUGUUUUUUAUCUUGGUGGUUAUAAAUAGAAACUCAUGGUGUACCCAAAUGGGUAUUCGGGUACUGUCAAUAGUAAUGUCGCCAUCGGCGUAGAGAAGCAGCAACCUUCAACAAGUGUUAAUCUCGAAGUUGAGUUAUUUGUCGUCAAUCAACUAGCGAAAAUAUGGCAUUCAAGAGGAAACAUAGGCUUCCCACCUGAAUCGACGUGGAUGGCUGAUUCAGAUUUGAUGUCUCAUGCCAAUCUCGAGAGCAAAGGGUUCCUUAUUGGAGAUUGUUGUAUCUUUGGUGUCAGGUUUUUUGGGGUUGAACCUGCUGCUUCCGGAACAGCUGAAUGUUUUAGCGUGAUUGAGAAACCUCUCAAUCACAAAGUUACUUGGAUGAUGACCAGGUUCUCGUCUUUCGCGCCUGAAAAGGUUCAUAAUUCUCACGAAUUUGUUGUUGGGAACCGGAAAUGGAGAAUUCAAGUGCACCCAAGAGGGUUUAAAGAGGGAAAAGAUAAAUCAUUUUCUGUGUAUCUAGUGGGAGGAGGGUUUAUCAAUAAUGUGCCGCAAAUCGCGAAUACUUACGCAUUAUUUAAACAUUUUACUUUUUUUUUGUAGUGUUGGGUUGGCUUGGUGAAAAUCCUGGUGUCAUCCAAGGGUUUCCAGAAUAUAUGCCUCUGUCGAACCUUGGUGAACCUUAUUUGGUGAAUGAUAAGUUAUAUGUGGGAGUUGAGUUUGAAUUCAUCUCUGUGACUAAUUAUUGUUAGCUUUAUAAGAGGACAUCACCACGUGGAAGAACAAGACCUGAAACCUCAAGUAUGUUUGGACUAAAGUCAUUUGUCUUUCUUUUCUUUGCUUUAUGAAUAAAAGGGUGCACUGCUCUUGUCUCACACAUCACUCCCUUAGUUAUUGUGUUUUCCUGUUUCCAAGUUUGUAGGAACUUAUGGUUCCUUAAAUUAUUACCUCUGUAAUCUUUCUACAUAUAUGAUCGAACCCUCUUUGGUCGAUUGAUAUAAUUUCUUGUAGAAGCUCUCUAUUUGGCUUUGAAACAGAGGUUAAAGAAAAGUCAGCAGCCUUACUUUCU